AGCGGCGGUCCCAGCGUCCCACGGCCAAUGUAGUACACGGCUCCACAACCACUGCAGUACACAAUGCAUGCAAUAAUUGAAGCCUUUCGGGUAAGACCACAAAUAUGUAUUGCUAGUGUUGUUCUUUUUUGCCGGACUUAAGGACUUAUUUAAACUUUCUGUACUUCUCCGAGCUGUCAAUGUGGACUGUUGCUGGCGAACGAUAAGCAGACUGACCUUUGCGCGCUUAAUUAUAUUCAUAAGGAAUGACCGAUUACUGGAACAUGGAUGCCGCUUUGGCGGAGGAGACGGUGGUGCCCACGCGCUUUAAGUUCGGCGUGCUUGGCGUUGCUCGCGUCCUUGAGCCAGGCUCAACAAACAAUAACAUAGAAGCCGAUGCCAAGCUUGAUACGCCUUUAUGGCUGGCAGCAGCUCUGACACGCAGAGGGAUGGCGACAUUAGGCGCGCCCGAGAUAUACCAUGAACGGUAUCGUCGGAAGCUCAACGCGGGCGCCGAGUGCAUUAACCUGAAGGGCCGGGCACCUUACUUCUACGACGUCGGCAACAAGUGCAAUGAGUUCUUGCACGACGUUUCACUUUCAGCCUUCCUGUCGCGAACGUACGCGACGCGGUACCGCGAGCUCGUUUCCAAGGGGCUCAGCACCGUUUCUGGAGAGGAUGUGCUUGAGCUCCAGAGCAAGCUGUCGCUGGAAGAGCUUAGCGUCUUUGAGCUGGGCCGGGACUCUGUGACGAGGGCGGAGAUGUGGGUGCGCGGUGCACGGCCGCGGACGACGGCCCCCCUGAUGUUUCCGCGCAAGCGAGCCGCGGAAGGACGGGAAGGGGGUGAGGCUCGUGAGGCCCGGCAGCGCGUGGAGGGAUCGUGAUCGGACUGGCCAUGCAAGGCUUGGGGACGAUGUCGACAUAAGGCCCGCAGGAAGCGUGGGACGCGUGCAAUCCAACCACCCGCUUGCCUGAAGUAGUGGGGUUUAACGGCAUUACGCUAUGCCAGCAGGAGGUUGUUGACUAUAACUUGUUGCUAUGCUAAGUGGCCUACGCAUACUGGUAUGUACCUAUGUCCUCUCAGCAAACGUUUGGGUGGCCUCUACGGCGCACACGGUAUGAACGUCUUGCGGAGCGUCUGUGCCAACCCCUACAGAACUCGAUGCAGUAGAGCGUGCUGUCUUCAUUUUGACUUGUCCAUGCUUGCAUGCAGACAUGGUGUAGACAUGGCGCAGAACUGCAGCCACCCUUGACGCGCGGAUUAUGUGGUUGGUAACAGCAACACUGGCAAUGUGAACUCUAUGACACCGAUGAAGGGACUGGGCCAGAGCCACAACUUGUGCAGCGGUUGAUGUCUGUGCAGCGGUUGGUGGCUCCGAAUUUGUACGGGGUAAGGGCGAGAAGAGUAGCUAGCUGCAGCUGCUAGUCGAAAAGGAGUAUCGACCGUAAGCGUCAAAUUCAGACAGUACUGUUCUUGUUAACAGCCAUCCCCCGUUUCCGUUGUAACUUCAUUCUUUCCAUGGCUCGGGGUCUUUGACACCUAUCAUAAUAGAAUUACUUCAGCGCAGCUGCUAGCUGUUAGAUCCCCAAAAAAGCAUUAAAACAAGAUGUUUUCAAACAGGUUCAACACAGCAAAAUGCGAGACAGCUAGUAGGCUGUGCGUUGGCAGGAUUAAGCUUAUACGCAAUAAGAAAACUGUCCAGAUUAAGCAGACUCAAAAGGAUAUCGCGGAGCUAUUGCGCACCGGCAAGCAGGAGUAUGCACGGAUCAGGGUGGAGGGCGUGAUCCGGGAGAAAUUGAUGCUGCAGGCAUUUGAGAUUCUGGAGCUGUACUUGGAGCUGUUGACGGUUCGCACGCAGCUCAUCGCCAAGACGCAGGAGCUCCCCCGGGACAUGAUGGAGGCGGUGUCCAGCAUCAUAUACGCGGCUCAGCGCAUCAACGACCUGCCCGAGCUGGUCACGCUGAAGGGGCUGUUCGCCAGCAAGUACGGCAAGGAGUAUGCGGCGGAGGCGGCAGCGGAUGCAACCACCGCGAAGUGGCAGGUCAACUCCAACCUCAUUCGCUGCUUGCUGGUGGAGGCGCCGCAGCCCGAGGAGAAGCUGGCCCAGCUCUCCGAGAUCGCCCAGAUGUACGGAGUGGAGUGGGACAUGGCCACCGCAGCUCGUGAGAUGGGCAUGGGCCUGGGGGUGGGCAACAACGGUGGUGGCGGCGGGGUGGGCGGUGGCGGACCGGGCUUCCCGCUGCAACAUGCGACCACCUCGCACCCGCUACCGGCAGUGGGGGCGCUCACGCCGGCUGCCGCUGCUGCACCGGCUGCUGCUGCUGCUGCUGCUGCUGCUGCUGCUCCUUCGCCGGCCUCGCCGCAACUGAUGGCGCAGUACACCAACGCCCAGCAAGCAGCCCAUGCGGCGGCCCAAGCCGCAGCGCAGGCGCAUGCAGCGGCCGAAUACGCGGCGCAGGUGGCGGCCUUGGGCGGUGGGGCGCCGCCUCCGCCGGGCUGGCUGACUCAACAACUAUCCUCCGCUGCCGCCCCCGCCGCCGGCCGCGGGCCGUCACCACUGACUGCGCCACCGCUGCCACCCAACGGCGGCGCGCCUCCACUGCCUUCGAGCACCGUCUCCGCUACCUCAUGGACGUCUUCGGUGCGGGGGGCUGACGGCAAUGGAGGUGCCGCGUUCGUGCGCUCCUCGCCUUCGCCGCCGCCGCUGCAAGGGCAUGAGGACGGUGGCGGCGGCGUGGCAGGGCCCUCCGGCGGGUUUGGUGGGGGAGCCGAGGGUGGCGGAGGCGGAGGCGCGGUGGGCGGGUACCAUGUCAGAAGCAACGAGGAAAUCCAGCGGGCCUACGAUGCGGCUCUAGGGCCGCCAUCCAAGGGAGCACCUGCAGCGUCAGCAGCAGCACCGCCCCUCCCACCUCAACAGCAGCCCAUCAUGCCACCCCCCAUGCCGCCGCCGGCACCACACGAGGUAUCCCUCAAGGCCGCCCCGCCCACCGCUCCGCCGCCGCCUCCCCAGGUGGAGGACGAGUACGACGAGCUCACUCGGCGGCUGGAGGCGCUCAAGAGGAGCUGAGGAGGUGCCGUAGACCGGCAAGAGGAGGUAUAGGAGGAUGCAUGAAGCCAGCGGAGCCAGCACGAAGGAGGACAAAGGCGUAGCCAAGUUGGUGUCAGAGGCAAUGUUAUAGCACCACAGGGGGGCGCUGCCUAUGGGGCCUUUGUUGAAGCUGCAAUGGACCCUGUUGACUGCAGCUUGGGGUGGCGUCCUAGGCUUAUUGACUUGCCACCACCAUCUGGGGAAGUUGACACGUAGUAAGUUGACGGGGUUUACAAAGGCUUACCGCAUACCACUAAAGGAAUGCCCAUCGUGGAUUUUCAAGUGCAUGGGGCUUAGUGCCAAGGAAGGACGAGGGGGACUUGGAGCUUGUGGAUCAUGGCUGUUGCAUACGCGGGGCAUGCGCAUGGCAUUUGCAAAAGGAGGUUUCAACGUAUGUAGGGUCGGUACGGCUGUUUAUGUAAAUAGAUGUGAGGUGUGUACAUCUGGUACGAACAAACAGGUUAGUCGGCGCCCUGUGGAUGAAGCAGCAGUAAUCAGUUGGAAACAGGCACAUCAUGGUUACAUUGAUGUCAACGCUUGGACGCUC